CUGUCACUGAGCUACUAAAGCUGCUAGCGAAGGCUUAAACGUUCAUAUGUUACCGUUUUGUUGUUGUUCUGUGACCCACAAUGCAGUGCGGUUCAGUACGGUUCAGUGCACAUGACAGGCUGUUUAGCUAGCUAGCCUGCCGGGCUCCAGGCUUCCCAUGGACCGCCUGAAUGGAUGCUCCCAAAGCGGCUUCGGAGCAGACCUUGAGCCCCGGGCCGUGCGUCUCCUCCUCGAAUGACGUCUUCCGCUGGCCCACACCGGCCGGGGAUGGCGCCGGGCACGGUAGUCGGACCGAGCCGGAAGCGGCAGUCGCCGCGCCGGGCUACUGCUGGACGGCCGUGUUCGACUACGAGGCGACGGCGGACGACGAGCUGAGCCUGCGCAGGGGAGACCUGGUGGAGGUCCUGUCCAAAGACUCGCUGGUGUCCGGAGAUGAGGGCUGGUGGACCGGCGUGCUGGCAGACAGGGUGGGCAUUUUCCCCUGCAACUACGUCAGCAGGAAGGUUCCGGAGGACAUGCAGCAGGUGCCCCCCUUGCACCUCCCGGAGAUCGACUUUUCUGAGCUCACCAUGGAGGAGAUCAUCGGCGUGGGCGGCUUCGGCAAAGUCUACCGUGCCGUGUGGCGGGGCUCGGAGGUGGCGGUGAAGGCGGCGCGGCGUGACCCCGACGAGGACGCCAAGCAGACGCUGGAGAGCGUUCGCCAGGAGGCCAAGCUCUUCGCCAUGCUGGAGCACGCCAACAUCAUGGCGCUCCUGGGCGUGUGCCUGCAGGAGCCCAACCUUUGCCUGGUCAUGGAGUACGCCCGGGGCGGCGCCCUUAACCGGGUGCUGGCGGGCAAACGCAUCCCACCGUGCACGCUGGUGGACUGGGCCGUGCAGAUCGCCAGGGGGAUGCACUACCUGCACAGCCAGGCCAUCGUCACCAUCAUCCACAGAGACCUCAAGUCCAGCAACAUCCUCCUCCUGGAGCGAGUGGAGCUGGACGAUCUGAGCAACAAGACCCUGAAGAUCACAGAUUUUGGGCUGGCACGGGAGUGGCACGGCACCACCAAGAUGAGCGCGGCGGGCACCUACGCCUGGAUGGCCCCCGAGGUCAUCCGCUCAUCCACCUUCUCCAAGCGUAGCGACGUGUGGAGUUAUGGCGUGUUGCUGUGGGAGCUGCUGACCGGCGAAGUACCGUUCCGUGGUAUCGACUGCCUGGCGGUGGCGUACGGCGUGGCCAUGAACAAGCUGGCGUUGCCCGUUCCCUCCACCUGUCCCGAACCCUUUGCACACCUAAUGGAGGGCUGCUGGAGCUCAGACCCUCACUCACGGCCGCAUUUCACUACGAUUUUGGACCAUCUCACGGCAAUCGAGGAGUCUGGAUUCUUCGAGAUGCCGGCCGAGUCCUUCCACUCUCUGCAGGACGACUGGAAGCUGGAGAUCCAAGAGAUGUUUGAUCAGCUGAGGACCAAGGAGAAGGAGCUUCGUUCCUGGGAGGAGGAGCUGACCCGAGCGGCGCUGCAGCAAAAGUGCCAGGAGGAGGCGCUGCGGCAGCGUGAGCAGGAACUGGCCGAGCGGGAGAUCCACAUCCUCGAGCGGGAGCUGAACAUCAUCAUCCAUCAGCUGUACCGAGACAAACCUCACGUGGAACGACGUCACGGAAAGUUCCGACGCAACCGCCUCAAACGCAAGGAUGGCAACAGGAUCAGCCUGCCGCUAGAUUUCCAGCACAAGAUAACUGUGCAGGCGUCGCCAUCACAUGACCGUCGCAGGAGUUUGCUCAGCAGCGGUUCCAGCCCUCCCACCAGCCCACCGCUGCUCCCUCGCCUCAGGGCCAUUCAGCUCAUGCCGAGAGAGGGCUGUGGCGGGUGGGGCCAGGACGUCUUUCUGCGGGACGAGGAGGAGGGGGACAGGAAGGGUUCCAGGAAGAAGGGACGAUCCCGAGGGUGCGGGCCGCCACGGGAGCACAGCGCCGACGCCAGCGUAAGGCCUGCCCCCGAGGGGAGUAGACAACGCUCCUGCAGCGCCCCCAACCUCCGCCGGUCCCCAAGACACAGUCCAGCGGUGCCCGGAGUGCCCAGCCUGCUGGAGAUCGAAAAUGAAGACUGCUGCUUCAUCAGCGGGUCGGGGACAGGACCAGUUCAGUCUUACCUCUGCCUCCCCGUCCAAAAAGAGGGCGACGGAGACGAGCGCAGCCUGGGAGGUCCGCCUCCCGGAGCCGGACGGAAGAGUCCGGGUGGGGCGCGGCGCUCUGAGCUGGUGCUGCUGGGCUGCGGCGCCCUGCUGGCGGCGGUGGGCCUGGGCUACAACGUGCUGACCUGGGCUCAGCCGGAGGAGAGCGUCAAAUCCAGGUGGGACGCCUUCUUCCAGACACACAGACUCUUCCGGCGGGAAAGCCCGCUGAAAACCGCCCCCGAGCGAGGCCUCCCGUCGUCGUCCUCCUCGCUGCUGUCCAUAUCCGACUGCAACUCCACGCGCUCCCUGCUGCGCUCCGACAGCGAGGAGCUCCUGGCGGCGCAGCCCCCGCGUUACCACGACAAGCCCACCCCCGUCAACCCGCUGGUCAACACCCACCUGGAGAGCUUCAAGCGCAACCCCCGGCAGUCCCUCACGCCCACGCACGUGCCCUGCCCUCCCAGCUACAUGCGGAGCUUGCGGCGGACGCCUUCGGACGGCGCCAUCAAGAAGAGCUGCCCUCAGAACAAUCUAGAACCUUUGCCGGAAAAAAGUAUUUUACAGAACCCAGGAGGUUUUCGUGCGUUCCCUGAAGUCCCACGCCUCCCUGAUCCAAACCUGGUCUUCCCUCCAACCCCCCGUCGCCGCUGCGCCCCCGAGCGCCCCAAGACCUUAGACUUCCUGUCGCGGCCCCGGCCCUCGGCGCGGCCUCGCGUCGGCCGGGGCAACGGACACAACAACCUGGGCAGCGGCGAGUCUCCCGCCCACACCUCCAGCACGGACACGCCCCCGACAGUGGAAUUCGCCGGGGACCCCGCGGGGCUGCGCACCCCCAUGGAGGCCCCCGUGCCGUACUCGCCCCGCAGGAAGCAAAACCUGCUGGACGAGCGGGACGAGGGCCAGUGGCGGGACGGGACGACGGCGCUGUGCCGACCCAAAGACUCGCCGUGCCGCUACAAGGCGGGAUUCUGGUCCUGACUGUCACCCACGAGAGGCUGAGGAAGCGUCAUGAAUGUACACGCCAUCUUUGAUGGCUUGAUGUUGGAUGCACUCCUCUUUUUAUUAGGAACACUUCACCACUUAAAGCAGCUUGUUUGCAUCCAAAUAAACCAAAAUAAGGCAAAUAAUCAUA